AUGGAAGUUUGGUUUGGUUUAAGGUUCAACGUGGACUGUUCUGCUUCUACUGGUCUAUAUGCUGGUGCUGAGGGGGCUUUUGGUGGACUAGGAGUAGCUGGGGGAGAUGGAGGUGCUGGGCAGUGUCCUGCUGCCUCUCCUCUACCCGCAGAUCAGUGUUCAGGAACAGUUUCUAACUGCUGGAGUCCAGGGCAAACUGACACUGACUGUCCCAACAACGGUCUGUGCUGUUUUGAUGGGUGUGCAGAUACCUGCGUUGAUGGACCUAAACCAACAGCCGCUCCGGCUCCGAGACCAACAGUAGCUCCUGCACCCAGGCCUACACCUGCUCCUGCACCUCUACCUGUUGAACCUGUUAUUGCUGAAGAAGAGAGUGAAAGCUUCCCAGCUGUUCUUCCAGGACCAACAACUACUAAGACAACCGGAUAUAAUUACGAGAUUCCGGAUAUACCAUUCAUCAUUGAGAAAUCUACUCCCAGACCUGGUCUUCCUACUCUUUACGGAGCUCCUCCAAUUGGGCGUAAGAGGCGUAGUUUGAGUGCAGCAAUGGAGUCCAAACAGUUCUAGAAAUCUGACGCAAAUCGUAGAAAUGCGCAAUUACAUUUAAAUAAUGCGUCAAAAAUAUAUCUUUUGUGUUUCCUUUAAGAAAUGUGUAGGAAUAACUAUGAAAAUCUUCGUCAGAUUUUUAUCUGUCACAUUUGAAAAUAUCAUUUUUUCAUGUGUAAUAAAUACAAGUUAACAUUGCGGAUUUUUGAGAUCUUCAUAGAAAAACUGUUCCAGAUUUUCUAGUUGGAUGCACGACUUGUAUUGAGCUGUGAAAUCUCAUAGUCCAAUUUCGGGCAUUUAAAAUCUGAGUGCUAUAUGAUAACGUUAAAAUGUACAUAAUUACUAUAGUGGUACAAAAUCACUACCUAGAACUCAUGUACGUACAUAAAUGUGUAAGGUUAGCCAUUACCCUAAAGCUAAAAGAUAGAAUUCACAAAAAAAGUUUAAAAGUUAAAAAGAAGAAUUUUCGAUUCACGUUUAAUUCCAUGUUUUAUAUAUAACCCUGUAAAAAAAAUCACUAAGUCACCAAGAUCGUGUAAAAAAAAUAAAAUAUCGGGAAGUAUCUUACAAACUUGAAUGCAAAAGAAGAACAAAGAUGCUUCCUGAUAGUUUAAUUUUCUUGAAUAGUUAACCUCCAGCUUGCUUUAAACUCAGUGCACCUACACUGCCUUUUCUUCUAAGUCAAAAUUAUAUAAUUAUAACAUGUAUUCUGUAAGCAUUAAAACUAGUCUUUGCUCUUUGAUCCAUAAAAAUACAAAAAUAAAAUUUUUGGAACCUUAAAAA